AAAAUGGCUAUCUGAAGAUGAUAAAAUAUUUAAAAUGUAAUAAUAAUUAGCACGACAGAACAUCUCGUCGUGCUCAAAUUGCUAAAAUUAAAAUGGCCACAAGUAACAUAGCAAGAGCGUUCAUUGCGUUCUUUUUCAACAACGUAUCAUGUGCUUCUAUGAGCGGGAAAGAUCAUGGUUUUGGGUCGAAUUAUGUUUGGGCGGGAUCCUUAGCAUCUGGUUUGCAAAUAGCGGCACAACAUAAGAAGCCUGUAAUGGUGAUAAUCCAUAAGUCUUGGUGUACAGCGUGUAAAAAUUUAAAGCCUAAAUUUGCUAGCUCUGUGGAGAUCCAGGAUUUGAGCAAACACCUCGUAAUGGUGAACUUAGUGGACGACGAAGAGCCUACCAGCAAGCCUACCAGCAGUGCUUUUCAGCCAGAUGGAAAUUAUAUACCCCGGAUACUUUUCAUGUCGCCAAAGGGCUCAGUGGACCGUGAUAUAUACAAUGAGGAUGGGAGCAGCCAGCACAGAUACUUCUACAGCCGGCCGGAACAAAUAGCCAAGUCCAUGAAAAAAGUUAUCGAUAAGUACAAAGACUGAUCAGAUUUAUGUGCGUCUGAAAUAAACCGCGUACAUUAUAGCUGUGUGACUUUGAACCUACUAAAUCUUAUAAAGUAUUUAUUAACUUCGCAAGCAGUU